AGCCAUUUUGGCUCAAGCUGGCUCGGGCGCGCGCGGCGCGGGCGCUUGGGUGAUGGCGACGGGGGGCUGCCCACCCGGGAGGCGGCCCAUGCGAAUCGUGGAGACGGAGCUGCUCGGGGCCUCGGCGGCGCGGCGCACGGCCAGACGGCGGCGACAGCUGGCCCUCGAGGCGGGGCUUCGGCGCAGCGCGGGCUCUCGCGGGCCUGCCGCCCCGGGAUCGUGGCAGGAUCGCGAGCAGGCCGCGCGGCCGGCGCUCCAGGCGGCGGUGGCUGGCGUGCGCGUCAGCGGCAUCAGGCGCUACCGGCGUAAUGCCGCAUGGCAUGCGGCGGGCGUGCCUGCCGCGGGGUUCGCAAGGGCCACGGCUUCGGCGCUUGCCGAGGUCGUGGCGGGGCCGCGGCGUGGCGCCUGCGCUCGAGGCGGCGGCGGCGGGCAGGCGGCGGAAGGCGAGCAGGAGCAGCGGGCUCGCGGGCCCUCAGGCGACGGCUGGGGGGCGCCGCAGGAGCCAAGCAUCAAGGUCGUGCAGGGCGCCGAGCUGGAGGCCCAGCUGCACGCGGGGCGCGACGACGUUGAGGACGCGGCGGCCGAGGCCGCAGGCGCCGACCCCGCUCAGCCAGCCGCCAGCCACAUUUGAAGCCCCCCGAAGGCCUCGGCCUCCUUCUCGGGAUCCCGCUCCAGCCAGCAGCCUGGCGCCAGCCCGUCGACACCGUGAACGGGAAACACACUAUGACGAUCAUUGAUAUCAUCUAUGGUGCUGUCGCUUCCUCUCAUUACCCCGCGCGGGGUGGCCGAGUCUUCGAUGCGAUCAAAAUCGUGGCACGCGCCGUUGCGGUCUGGGCGGCCUGCGCUUGCAUCGGGCGCGGGA